AUCAAAUCUAAUGCUCCAAAUGUGUAGACGUACGACCUCUAUCGGAAACUCCUUUUUUAAGCUUUCACGCGAGGACAAUCCAUACGACAGCAGGAGGAAGGCAAAACGCACUGACUUUACUCCAACAAUACAGGAGGACGAAUCCACCAACUAUCUCAUCCUCAAGUUCUUCUCCCGCAACCCCAAAAACCACAGGUUAAAAUGCCUGCACGUUUUGGACGUUUUCAGGAAGAGCAUGCUGAUGGAGCCCGAGAAGAAGGACAAGGCAAGGAGCAAGGAGAUAAUCCAGUCAGCCACCGAGCUCCGUAAGCAUGGGAUCCGGUUUAAAAAAAACCAAACCAACAGCCUCAACGACAUCUCAUAUGCCAGCGGGGUCCUGUGGCUCCCCAUGAUCUCGGUGGAUGAAGACACCGAGUCCAUGUUUCUCAACCUCAUCGCAUUCGAGCGCUCCCACGUCAAUGCUGGGAAAGAGGUCACGUCCUACAUCUUCUUCAUGGACAACCUUAUCGACAGGGGGCAGGACGUGGCGCUGCUCCACACCAAGGGCAUCAUAAAUAAUGCCAUGGAGAGCGACGAGGCAGCAGCCAAGCUGUUCAACUCUCUGGCCGUGGGCGUGGUGCUGGACCCCAACAGCAGCCUCCAUGACGUGAUCAACAAGGUCAGAGAGUACUGCAGCGAUAAGAGGCACAAGUGGAGGGCCAAUCUCAUCCACACCUACUUCAGGAAUCCUUGGGUUAUAUUGUCUCUCAUCGCCGCCAUCCUCCUCUUCGUGCUCGCCAUAAUUCAGACCAUAUUUACCGUGCUCAGCUACAACACCAAAACUUAGCAUUUGCUUCUCCAAACAAUAUUUUUUUUCUUCUCCAUUUUUUUGUUUUUCUCCUAAU